UUACUGUCUCUCCCGUACAACAUCACGAGAAGUCCAUGCUGCACGGUGUACUUUGACACACGAGCGCGCGCGUGAGCUUGCAUAAAGGAUCUGGGGAACAGCCGAUUCUGACUUCACGUCUACGGAGUAAACAGUGCACUGUUUAUGUAGAACUAAAUAGCUCUGUAUCAAUCUACAGCUAUAUAGAAGAUUUUGACCGACAGGUACACAGGAAGUCACAGCUUUUUGAAAAACGUAGGUUUAUAAGAUCGUUCUGCUCAGCGAGGAUGGCGGGAACUACCUAUACUACCGUCAGUGACGGGAAUAAAUUCCUGGAUCACAUCACAGAGAAAGGGUUGGACAAUAAGAGCAUUAUCAACAGAUUCGACGAAGUCAGCAACAAAUAUAAUGAGGCACUAGGGUCUGUGGAUUACAUGGGUCCCAGGUCCCUUGCAGCGAUUCUGGCGGAACUGCAUCCCAGCGGCCGAGAGAAUGUGAGAGUGUUGGAUGUGGCGGCAGGGACAGGACUGGUCGCUAUCGAGCUGAGGAAGAAGGGCUUCGUCAACAAUGAUGGACUGGAACCGUCGGAGCAGAUGUUGGCAGAAGCUAAACGAAACAACUUAUACGGACGUUACAUCUGCGACCUGGUUGGGGAAAACACCUUUGAUAUUGAGAAUGAUACCUAUUCCGCAGUGACUAUGUCUGCGUUGAGUUUAGAGAUUUUUAAGAAACUCCCCGUGAAGGCCCUGGAGGAGCUAGCGCGUGUUGUGAAGCCAGGAGGGCACAUUCUGAUGGGGCAUUAUGACUUCGCCUUCGACAGUGAGGUUCUCAAGGCGAAUUUCAGCAGCCUGGAAGGUCGAGGCUUGUGGAAGUUGAUUGAAAAGAGACCGACUCCUGACUUCACUCAGGGCAAACACGGUCUGGUGUCAAUUCAUCAAGUAUUGAAGUGACAUGAGCCACGCGUUCAAAACAACAAUGUAGUAUUUGACACCAUAUUAGGUUUUAGCAACAGAAAAUAAACACGGUGAACUCAU